AUGUCAAAUGCCCCUACGGCCAGCAUUAGCGCCAUAGUAACCGAGAAAAACCAGGGUGCAACCUCCCGUCAACGUCUAUCGAACGAAACCCAGCCACCCAAGAUGUCCGAGUCUGCUCAUCGUGAGUACACCCCAAAGCCUUUGCCAACGACUCCAGCUAGAGACACACGGUCUCCCUUACGAACCCACCACCCUCUCUCUAUUACAGUGUUGCAAGAACCGGAUUCGACCGCUAACGAACAGAAGCAGCUUUCUGCUCCUGUUGUUAAAGCACAGCAUGCAAUCCAAAGCCUAGUUAGCUCACAGCCGGCCCAACUAAAGAACAGACAAUGCGCAUUACAACCGCGGCAACCUCUCACCGUUCUAUCACAAGCGUCGAACGCUGCGGUUAAAGGGGAACAGCACACCGGGAAGCUUAUCAAACAACCCGCGCCAAGGAUAUUCCACUUGGGCAUGUUUGAAGUCAGGAAGGCGUUGGGUAAGGGAAAGUUUGGACGAGUAUAUCUUGCUCAUAAGCAAAGCACUGGCUUUGUGUGCGCAUUGAAGGUUCUCCACAAAAGUAAAAUUCAGCAAGGCAGGGUUGAAAAGCAGGUAGCUCACAAGAUCGAAAUUCAGAGCAACUUACGGCAUCCGAAUGUCCUUCGGCUUUUCAGUCACUUUGACGACAGCAAACGAAUAAUCUUAAUACUGGAGUAUGCCGGCAAAGGGGAAUUAUAUAAACAUUUGCAGAGAGAGGACCGUUUCCCAGAGUGGAAAUCUGCGCAGUACAUUGCACAAAUGGCGAAUGCUCUGUUAUAUCUGCAUCGCAAGCAUGUCAUUCACCGGGAUAUUAAGCCUGAAAAUAUCCUCGUUGGGAUCCACGGGGAGCUAAAGAUGUCAGACUUUGGCUGGAGUGUCCACGCGCCCAGUGGUCGCAGGCAUACACAAUGCGGGACAUUGGACUACCUGCCCCCGGAGAUGGUUGACCCGCGGAAGUGUGACAAACCUUAUGAUCAGAAGGUGGACAUAUGGUCCCUAGGUGUCCUGCUGUAUGAGUUCCUGGUCGGGAGAGCACCAUUCGAGGAUACGCCCGUCAUGACGCAAAGGAGGAUAGCAAAGGGUGACAUGACGGUUCCUUCAUUUGUCAGCCCUGAGGCAAAGGAUCUUAUCAAAAAGAAUAUUUGGGCUUCUUGUCACCGAUCCAGACCAGAGAAUUUCCUUGCAGGAAGUCAUGCAUCACCCCUAGAUUGUCAAGCACUGCUCCAAAGAAGGGAUAGGCAAGACAAACGAUGA